AUGGCAAUAAUUGAACAAUUAGAUUUUAACUAUUAUAAAAACUAUAGAAAUGAAUAUCAGUUUAAUGGAAGUCAAUUAUUUGGGCAAAUACUAAUUUCAACAAUAUUCUUUUUUAUAGUAUUUUAUAAAUGUAACUAUAUAUCAUUACAUUUACUGGGAUCAAAAUCAAAGAAAGCAUAUAUAGGAUUAAACGAAAAGAAACGUUUGGAAUGGAACCAGAGAAUAAUAUCAAUGGUACAUGCUUUAUUAGUAUUACCAUUUUGUUUUUUAACACUAUUCGAAGUAUUGGAGCAUGGUGAUAUAUUUUAUUAUGAAUCUAGUGUUUGCUAUUUAGUAAUCUCCAUCUCUAGUGGUUAUUUCUUAUGGGAUCUAUAUGUUUGUUAUAGAUAUCCAAAAAUAAAUGGGAUUGCUAUGAUAUUACAUGCAAUUAUGGGUUUCACUUCAAAUAUAUAUGUAAUGUUACCACAAGGCAGACCAGCAUUCAUUCCUAUUGUUUCUCUUAUAUUACUUUCAGAAUUAAGCACCAUACCACUCAACUUAAAAGGAUUUAUUCAAGAUGUAAACCCCAAAUCAAAAUACUAUAAUGCCCUUUUAUUGGCUUUUGUUGGCACUUUUCUUUUUGUUAGAUGUGUUUUAGGUAUACCUUUCAAUGUUUAUCUAGCCUAUGGUUCUAUUCAACGUUUGUCUAUUUUUCCAUUAGAUAAAUCUUUGGUAUUCCUAACUGAAGAUUUAAUUUCAUUUUCUUUAAAUAGCUAUUGGGGCUUUUUAAUGAUCAGAAAAUUAAUACAAAAAUAUGGCUCAAAAACUGAAAGUGAAGUAUGUUUUUAUUUUGAUAAAUUCAAAGACAGGGAAAUUUUAUUGACAAGCAAUAUAAAGCAUUUAGAGAUAAAAAAAGAUAAAGAAAUUGAAAUCUUAUUUCUUAAAGUUUUUCAUAGUUUAUUAGUUAAGUUUCUAAAUAUAGAAGAAGACUAUUGGGAGAAAUUAAUUGUUUUUUUAGAAAAAAUAAAAAAUGGGGAAUAUCAAGAUGAAUAUAAUAUACCAUUUUAUAAAAGUAUAAAUAAUACAAAUUUAACAACAACAACAACUACAACUACAACAACAACAUCACCACCAAAAUUAACCUUUUUAAACAAUAAGAUUUUUGGGUAA